GGCCGCGGUCCCGCAGCCGCCAGGCAUUGCAGCAGUACAGCGAAAACGGUCGAGGCAAUUGUUCGCGGUGUCAACGGGCCCGUUUCUUCUUCCUCGUCCUGACUCGGCGGCUGUCCGCUGGUGGUGAGGUGGCGAUGGCGGCGCUGCAGGCAGGGCCUUCUCGGAGGCGGUGAGCGUCACGGCCAGCAUGGAGGCACCAGUCUCGCUGCUGCUGCUGGCGGUCGGCGCGUCCCUGGCGGCGCCGCAGUUCUUCGAGGCGGCCACGCAGCCCUACAUGCAGGACCUCCAGGACCUCCGGGACCUCGAGCCGGCCACGCCGCCGGCCUUGGGGGACGACGACGCCGACCUGGAGCUGGCGGUGGAGGCGGAGGACGCCGCCGAGUACGGCUGGGAGGAGCUCAAGGGCUCGGUGGACGUCGUGGACGUGCCGCUGGCCGACGUGCAGUGGUCGCUGGACCAGCUGCCACCCUCCAUGAGGAAGGUGCUGAGGCUGGUGCUGUUCGACAAGUACAAGGUCAACUUCACGUAGCGCCCCGCCACGCCGCGCAGAGGCAAAGUAGCACUUUUUAGCCAAGGCACUCCCUUGGAGACCGAUGGAACACUGUUCGUUCCUCUUUUGUUUAUUUUCUGUACGGAAAACAUUUUUUGUGAAUGUUGCUGGAA